AUGAAAUUGAAUUUUCUUGAUAUUCAUCAACUUGUGAAAUCACCGAUUAUUAUCAAUGAACUUCCGAUGACCGGUCGUGUCACAUUACUUGGUGACGCUGCACAUCCUAUGUAUUCAAUUGGAAGUAAUGUUGCAUCUCAAAGUAUCCUUGUUGCUCGCGGAUUGAUUCUUUCUUUCGAUCGAUAUGAUGCUACUCCCCAAGGUCUACAGGCGUACGAUGAUCUCCGACGUUCAGCUUUGAGUAGGAUGAUUUUGGCAACUCGACAUUACGGUUCCGAAGAAAUGCUUAAAGUUGUUGCUGAACGUACGCCGAACGACUUCAAGAAUUUGUCGAACGUUCUUCCCAACGAAGAACUUAAAACUAUGUUAACAAAUUUUAAACAAGUAAUUGGUUUCAAUGUACAGAUAUUGAAUAAAGAAUCUCCACUUUUCUUUUAG